AUGUUCACUCAGUCGUUCCUUACUCUGGCCUCAGUUGCCUCUGGCGCACUGGCUGCGCCAUACCUUCACCCCCACCCCCACGCCAAUGCCGUUCGCGCUGAGCCCAAGUGCCCUAUCGUUUUCGAUGGUCGUGUCCCUGUCAACACCACACCCACCUUCUUCGACUCGGCUUCUACCAACACCAUCUUCAACGCCGACUUCGUCAAGGGUAACAACCUGACCUGGUCGCAAAUUCUCAAGUUCCCCAACGAAUCAUCGCGCUUCGACGGCGACAAGUUCAAGGCUGUAGAGGUCACCAUCUCCGACGAGUCCAUCUUCCAGAAGCAGCAGGGUUUCCGCCGUGCAGGCCUCCAGUUCCUCAAGGAUGCCGCUGAUGGCGAGGGAGGCAAGGGUGUCAAGACCCUCCACUUCAGCGUCAAGCAGGACCCUGCCAGGCCCUUGAACCUCACCCACGAGUACCUCAACGUCUGGCACGAGGCUGCUGACUUCAGCAACAACCAGAUUCAGUUCCAGACUGGAUCUCUCAUCGGAAAGAGCGACGCCGACAAGAACCAGUUCAAGAUUCUUGACCGCGACAGCAAGUUCCUCUGGAGCGUCCCGAUCGACCAGACUCAGUGGCAAAACUUUGCCCUGAAGCUCGACUUCAACGCCAACAAAACCACCAUCUUCUACUCUGCCGGCCAGGCCCCACUGAAGCAGGUCGCUGGUCCCCUCACUGUCAACCUUCAGGGUGGCGGCCAAUACCAGAUGGGCAUACUCAAGAAGCCCACUGGCACAUCUGAUGUUGCCAACGCUGGUUUCCAGGAGGCCAACCUUGACGAGGGCCAGAUCUACGGUGGUCUAUUCCUUGAGGACUCUAUCAACGGCUGUGUUUCGCUCUAA